AUGCUACAAGAAAAGGCGCAGACCCCGCCCGAACAAUGGCAAACAUUCCUACACCAAUGUCUAUCAACCCGAAUAGAUAUAGACGAGUUCACAACCCUCUCCAAGCUGAUGCUAGCGCGCAUCCCCAUAAAAGAAAAUAUCCUCCUCGAUCUUUUGCUCCAGUCUCGCGCUGAUGCGCGCAUCGCCUGGGACCCUCUUCUGCCGUUAUAUGUCGAUGGAUUGUGCAGGGUUGGGCUGGUAAAGGUUUCCUCUGCGUUGAGGGGGUUGUUGAGACAUUCUUCUAUUUUGGAUGGUAGUUCCAACUCCAACUCCAACUCCAACCAGAAGGAAGGGGAAGGGGAUGUGUCGGCUAAGAGUGUUGGUGGUGAUCGAUCGACUCUUAUGACCGAUAUCAAGGUCGUGCAGGAUGUCAUGAUGUUUAUAUCGACGGCUUCAAUCCCGAAGACUAGUUCCGAAGCAGCGGAUAUCUACAAUGCGACAAUUGAGUGGAUUGUCGCCUUAGUCGCAUGGCACCAGCGUAGCCUGGAUGUGUCAACGCAGAACGGGGGACUGAUGGGUGAACCCGAUGCUGUUUCAUUGUUCGAAUCGCUGGGCAUUUUGCUAGCUGCGCUUUCGGGGACUGGGAAGGGUCUUGAGGUUCUUUCUAGUGAUUUCGAUCGCCGGUUGAAGAAUAAGCUGGGCCAGGCGCUUGCGGCUUAUUUGCCGCUUUGUGUUGAUGUUUCUUUGCCGCUGAGGCAUCGGCUUGAGGAGUUGCAGAAGGGGUUUGGUCUGUUUCCGGAUCAGCCUGGUAAUAAUGCCAAUGCCAAUGCUAAGGCUUUGGAUCAUUCUGGUAUUGAGGGGAUGAAUGUUCGGGCGCUUCAGUUUGAGGCCGGGGUUAUGGAUGGGCCUGUUGUUAAUACUAGAGCUGGUCUCUAUGUUUAUAUUAACUCUAUGGUUGUUGGGCGUCCUUUGGUGGAUGAUACUAUCUUGAUCAAUUACCUUACCAACAGAUAUCAGGGCCACAAUGAAGUCCUCAUCGAGGAGAUCAUCACGGCUGCCUUCGACGUCCUAUCCAAUGGCGUAUACCGAAACGAAUCCAGCCGAACAAUGUUCCUCUUCCGAUCUUUCCUGGUGAACAAGCUACCAGUGUUCUUCGCAGCCAUCUCGGCAGCAUCAAUGGUUCCAAUCUCCAUGGAAAUGUGCAUCAGUCAAGCGCUGAGCCGCCUCAACCCCAACGCUUUCCCUUCUUUCUCCCAAAUGUUCUCCAUGCAAGGUAGCAGUGUUUUAUCAGAUGCCCGCCAGGAGUUCCUCUUUGCCUGUGCAUCACACAAGCUCAUUCAAGAAUCGAGCAUUGAGCAGCUUCUCGGAGAGAACCCCAUGCAGACUUUACCUGGUGGUGGUCCUUAUGUGAAGGAUGACCUCAUUUCGCAGAUCAGCAGCAAUCAUGAACGUGCCGAGCAGCUUAUUGGCGAGAUUGAAUCGAUGGAGGGUAAUGCGGGUGCUAUUGUUGGUGCAGUGGUCGAGGUCAUGCAUAGUUUAUGCCAUCAGAAAGAGACAGUGACUCUAAAAAACAUCUGCAACUCGCUCUCACGUCGCCCACAGACCUUGGACGCCAUCUUGCUUUUCCGAACCACAAAGCAGGUCUUACAACCUCUCUGUUCUAUCCUUGAUUCUUGGAAAUGGGACGAAGACCAAGGCGAAAAUCAGCCUGUGUAUGACGAAUUCGGCAGUAUCUUGCUGCUAGUUCUAGCCUUCAAGUACCGCUAUGACUUGAGCCCAUCCGAUAUGGGAAUCUCCAGCAAUGACUCCUUUUUGUUGAAGCUUAUGGACCGGGGUGCAUGUACCCAGAAGCUGAACGAGCUGAGCGAGAAACAGAACAAAGACCUCGGCGCAUGGAUCGGAGCUCUGUUCAUCGCCGAAGGCAUUAGUGAAGAGACCAUGUCUACUUGCAGUCCCCAGGAAUUCUACAUGCUUGUCACGACACUCUUCGAUCAAAGUCUCGGGGCAUGCGAGUCCGGAAAGCUGGACUUCGACACCUUGAAAGGCGGAUUCGAAUAUCUCCUCGAACCCUUCCUCCUCCCAUCCCUGGUAGUCGCCUUGACAUGGCUGGGCAACCACAUCUGGGAAUCAGAAACCGACCCAACAAUCCCUCUGAAAACCCUCCACUCCCUAGUGAAACCAAACUCAAUCUCCGGCGAAGCCCAAGCAAUCCACCAAACAGUCCUAAACAUAACCGCCCGCUCCCUCGAAGAACAACUUAAAAACGUGCGCACCCGCAACCAAUCACGCACAGAUAUAAAACCAAUCCUGGACGCCCUAGAACCCUACCUCUCCUUCCGCCGUGUCGGCAGCAGCCACCGCACCGAACUCGACACCUGGACCUCACACACAGCCGGCGGCCUAGUAGGCAGCAUCCGCAGCACUCUGCAAGCCCUAAUCCUCUGGAGCUCCAACCCAGAAAUAAGCGCAGCACCACACGCCUACACGCACCGCCAGAUCCUAGCCGGAAUUCGCAUCCUAGGCGCAACACGCGUGCUGGCCUCCAUAAUCGACGAAGUAAAACACCAAUCAGAAACAACAGGCAGCGGACACGUCGCGCUGGAUAUCGCAACGACUAUCAUCUGCGCACCAAUGACCGAAUCCUUCGCCGUCGACCAGAACAAUUACCACCCCAUCGAUCCCAUGAAAGAAUCACCGCCUCGCUGCCCGAUCCUUACGCUCCGCGACGCUCUAACCCUCGCCCACGAAAACGUUCCCAAACUCUCCGAGAAAGACCCGCUCCGCGCGGAAGUCGUCGUGCGCCUCUGGCGCCGGGUCAAUCUGCUCAUGGCGCCUCCGUCGCAGGUUUCGAAUAUUGAUGUUAGCAAUAUUAUCCAGAAUAUGCAUCUUGGUGUUGAGGGGCAUGAUCGCAUGGAUCUGGAGCCGUCUGCUGCGGAUGUUACCGGGAAUGCGGUUGGCGAGGAUGAUCCUGAUAAUAUUAAUCAGAUGCUCGAUAAGGCGGCGGCGGCUGCUGCUGCGGCUGGCAUGGAUGGGGGUAUUGGUGUUGCGCAGGAUAUGGAGCUUGAUGCUGGUGGUGCUGGAUUGGAUGCUAUUGAUGAUGUGCUUAAUGCUGCUGAUAUGGCUGUUGGGAAUCCUGAGUUUUUGGAUUUGGAUAUGGAGGGGAUGUUUUAG